AUGCUACAGUCGAGAAGAUUUUUUAGAUCAUCAUCAAGCAACCUAAAUUCAGUUGGUAAAAUGAUGGGUUUUGAAGCGAACAUUUAUGCAAAGCCUCAUGAUUUGAUUCUAACAAGAGGGGCCAAUUCUAUUUUAUAUGAUGAUAUCAAUAAUAAGCAGUACAUUGAUUUCACAUCUGGCAUUGCGGUAGCAUCUUUGGGACAUGCUAAUCCCAAGAUAGCUGAAGUUAUUCAAAAGCAAUCCACGAAAUUACUUCAUACUAGCAAUUUGUUUAACAAUAUUGAAGGUUUACAGUUAUGCCAAAGUCUUAUUGAAACUACCAAACAGUUUGGCGGCCAGCAUGAUGCUUCGGCUGUUUACUUAUGCAAUUCUGGUACUGAAGCUAACGAGGCAGCUUUGAAAUUUGCAAAGAAAUAUGGUGUUCAAAUAAACCCAAACAAACAUGGUAUUCUGGCAUUUGAGCAGUCUUUUCAUGGGCGUACCAUGGGUUCGUUAUCUGUUACCAGUAACCCCAAGUAUAGGCUUCAAUUUGGUUCAGGAGUUCCCAAUACCACUUUCCUGGAUAUUUCUGAUGACUUAUCAACAAUUGAAUCUUUUAUUUCUGAAAACGCAUCACAGUUCGCCGCACUAAUCGUGGAACCAGUUCAGGGAGAAGGCGGUGUGCUUCCACUUCCAGCCGAAAAACUAAUUUCAAUCAAACGUGUUUGUGUAGAGAAUGAUAUUCUUGUUAUUUAUGAUGAAAUCCAAUGUGGUAUCGGACGCACUGGUAAACUAUGGGCUCAUUCAUAUCUUCCAAAAGAAGCACAUCCUGAUUUGUUCACUACAGCUAAAGCACUCGGAAAUGGGUAUCCGAUUGGAGCUACUAUUAUGAAUUCUAAAGUCAAUUCAGUUUUAAAAGUGGGAGAUCACGGCUGUACCUACGGAGGUAAUCCGAUGGCCUCUGCAAUUGCCUGCUCGGUUUUGUCGACCAUUGCAAAUGAUCAAUUUUUGAAUGAAGUUGGGAAGAAAGCGCAGGUCUUCGUUACUGAACUCAGAAGAUUGCAAAAUAAAUAUCCGGUAAUUCGGGACGUCAGAGGCAGGGGAUUGUUUAUCGGCGUAGAGUUUCAAGACAACCCAGCGGAGCUGAUUAAAGUAGCUCGUAAGAAUGGUCUACUAGUUGUUGGAGCUUCCAGAAACACGAUUAGGAUUGUUCCUCCGUUGACAGUUGAAAACAGUGUGAUCGACGCUGGUCUAGAAAUUCUUGAGAAAUCCAUUAGAGAAAUAUAUUUAUGA